GUUGGGAAGGAGUUGUUGGGACUGCGCUGCGUGUUAGAUCUUUUUGGGGGGAUGGAUAUAUUGGGCAGCUGCUUCAAAUCUUAAGAAAGAGUUCUUUUUCCCAGGAUACUGAUGGAAAUAGGAUUUCUUUUAAUACUAUCAUGCUUAUGCAUGGUCAUCAGAGCAGAAGAGGAUAAUGAAAGAAAAAUAAGCAACUCGAUCAUAAAAAGACAAGUUCUUUUCCAGACAGCUCGACCAUGCGUGACCCCCGACAGGCAACCAGGUGCUUGCAGCCCCAUUGGACGUUGCCCCCAACUGGUGCUGGACAUAAACAGGUUGCGGAGAUCCGUCUGCAUGCAGAACCUCAUCAUGCUGGGGGUGUGCUGCCCUCUUGUACAGAACAUAAUUACCGCGCCUGUUACUACCCCAGCCUCAUCGUCAACGAACAUUACUUCAACGGAUCCUCCAUCGACCACGCCCUCCCCGCCGUCAAACACCAGCUCUUCCAAUCAGGGCAUUAAUAGUGAAACAAUGGACACUUAUAUAUCCAGUAUCAUCGAAUCUCCGCCUCUUCACUACAUAUCAUACAGUCGACCUGACAACAUCGUUGGGUACAAACCAUUCGACAAGCCAUUUGAUAAUCAGCCAUUUGACCUUCAGUCGUCCAAUUCCGACCUUUCAGGAACUUGUGGCAUCGGAGGUCGGAAUGCAAGGGUUGUUGGAGGUCAUGAAAGUUACCCCGGACAGUGGCCAUGGAUGGCUGCCCUCUUUAUAAUUACAGCCAGGGGCAAGGAGUUCUGGUGUGGAGGAUCACUUAUAAAUAGUAUGUAUAUAUUAACAGCUGCACAUUGCCUAUCAGACAGAAGAGGAUACAAAUACAAUCCUCGACAAAUGGUAGUUAGACUGGGAGAACAUCACCUACUGAAUUCAGACGGUAAGGGCAUUCAAGAAUAUGGAGUGGCAUCCCUAAAACCUCAUCCCCAGUUCCAACGGAACGGAUUUUACAAUGAUAUUGGACUAGUGAAACUGACGCGGCCGGUAAAGUUUACUGACUACAUCCAACCCGUUUGUUUACCUUCAAGACAAUCUUCCAAAGGCAUGGUUGGCACGAUGGCGACCGUUGUAGGAUGGGGAGCCAUGAAUUACGGCACAAGAGGCACAGGCUCUAUGCAUCAAGUAUCCAUGCCUAUAUGGGAUAACAAGGACUGUGAUGCAAGAUAUUAUCAACCAAUAACAAGCAAUUUCGUUUGUGCGGGCUACAACGAAGGCGGAAAAGAUGCUUGCCAGGGGGAUUCUGGCAGUCCCUUGAUGGUUCCGAAUAAUUCUCGAGAGUGGACAGUGGUUGGUAUCGUGUCUUUUGGCACGAAGUGUGCUUCCCCCGGCUACCCGGGUGUCUACACAAGAGUAUCGGAAUACAUGGACUGGAUUCAUCAGAACAUGAACUGAAACAUCGCACAUCGACGACAGACCCGAUACAGUGAUAAAGAUGUGUCUUCUGAAACGAAGGCAAAUUGGUCUUUCAGUCAAAAGAAGUUCACGCCGAAGAACUUUUUGAUCCCGAACUGACCAUUACCGUGAAUUGCCAAAUUCUUUUAUAUAAACUCAUUGAAAUGUUAUUGCAGUGAAACAGGGAGGCUUCAGGAAGCUGGGUUGGACUUUGGAAGGGCACAUUAAUUACUCUGGUAUCGUACACUGCAUAACAGAUUUCUUUCACCUCUUGUAAUGGCACUUGAUUAUGAUCAGCUUGGAACAAGUUGCAAUGCAUUUCGAUCUGUUGUUUGUACAAAGCCCAGCAAAAAAUAUUGAGAAAACUUUAUGUAGUUUGAAAAAAAUUGCACUCUAAAAAUAUCACCCUUAUAGUAAAUCAAAAUGGGAAAGUAUAUUUGCUUAUAUUAUAACUCCCUCAGUUUACUAAUAAUGAUCCUUUUAAAUGUAAAAUUGAUCUUGUUAGAGAUUUUUCAUUAUUUAAACCCUGAUGGAAAAAAAAGAAGAGUUUUAUAAGUUUAAUUUCUGUAACUGUGUCUGUCAGUGCCAUUGUAGCUUCGGAGCCGAUUAACCAAUUUCAAUGCAAACAUUUUCUUUUUGCUUGAAA